GAAAAAAAUCAUUUAAUUUAUUCACAAACAACGAUCUGAGUAUACAACUUAGUUUCAAUUUUUUUAUAGAAAGUUUCAACUACUUUUGCGCCCAAAUUUAAAUUUGAUCUACUUCAGUGUUUGUGUAUUGGAUAAAGUAUUGUACUAGCACGGGGUUUCAAACUAAGUUUUUCUAACAUGAUUUCAAUGACACAACUUUCAUUAAUCCCUAAAAAUCAAAACAUUGCAUGCAAAAGAAAUUUUUAUCUCGGUUUUCGCAAUCAUUUCGAUAUCUCUAGAUUUGUUUUCAAAACACAAAUGUUAUUUAAUUUUUAAAAUGUUGAACAUAGAGUGACUUAUAAUUGUGCAAAUCGACAAUUUUACGAUCGUCAUGGAUUUUCAGAUCUCUGUUUAUACUUCUUUAGGGAGUUGUUUAGCUUUGUCUAUUUUAUAUGUUUCAAGUUUGUAUGUAUGGAGCUCCGAAGAAAAUCGUGAUCACCCAUCGACUGUAAAAAAGCGUUUCUUCAGCGUGUUUGUUGUGAUGUUAAUAUCGCCAUUCUUUGUAUACCUCUUCUCAUCACCAAAUAUGUUCAAUUAUUACACCAUAUGGGAAGUGAUGGGAUUACGGACGAAAGGGCUUAUGUCAGCUGUUUUUAUUCCUUUGUUACUCACAAUGAUUCUUUUCUUAGGACCGUUGAGCGUUCAAUUAACAAAUGGAAUUUGGAAAAUUUACUCAGAACCAAUGUUCUGGUUGAAUCACUGCCAAAAUUUACUUUGGAUAAGAAAUCAUAUUGUUGCUCCACUUUCUGAGGAAUUUACAUUUCGUGCCUGCAUGUUACCGCUUUUAUUGCAAAGCUUCACACCAAUCACAUCGAUUUUUAUCACACCAAUGUUUUUUGGAGUUGCACAUUUGCAUCAUAUGAUCGAACGACUUCGAACGGGAAUGGAUAAAAAAACAGCAAUUGUGAUAUCGUUCUUUCAAUUCUUUUACACUUCAAUCUUCGGAAUUUAUUCAGCUUAUCUCUUUAUGCGAACGGGUCAUUUUGUUGCUCCAUUUAUUGUUCAUGCAUUUUGUAAUCAUAUGGGAUUUCCUGACAUCCCCGAUCUUAUUAAUCAAACAGAACCGAAACGUUGCAUCUUUUGUUUACUUUACAUUCUUGGACUAGUUGGAUGGAUUUUGCUUCUACCCACAAUGACAUAUCCAUCUUGGUAUCAAAACAAUCAAUUCUGGAUGAAUUCAAGUGAUUUUGAUUAUUUCUUCAUCAUGAAGAGUAACACGAACAUUGCCAUCAUUUGUUUCUCCACAAUUACAGUGAUUUUUGCUUCAAAAAGCGACACAUCAGCAAUAAAUAUUCCUUCCUUCAUAAAAAUUUGCAAUCAAACGGAUCCACAACUUGGCAAUUGCAUUCGAAAUUCAAUCAUAACUUUGAGACCAUAUUUGAACAGAGGCAUUCCCGAACUCAACGUACCAUCAUUAGAACCUUUAUUUGUUGAUGAGAUUAAAAUUGAACAAACCGGAAAUGGAAUGGAAUUGUCAGCUGCUUUUAAAAAUAUAUCAUUAUCAGGUGUAACGAGAUUUAGGUUGCGAAGUGUGAGAACUAACAUAACUACAGGUAAAUUCAGAAUGAAAGUUUGGUUUCCCAAUUUGGUUUUGAAUGCAACUUAUGAGCUUCGUGGGAAACUUUUAAUGAUGCCUCUUAAUGGAAAAGGUGCUUGUUUCGGUAAUUUUACGGAUAUUGAUGGAGUUUUAUCAAUGAAAAUUAAUCGUGUAGAAAGGAACUCUCAACAAUAUUAUCAAAUCGAUUUCAUUUCUUCUGAAUUUAACAUUGGGUCG